UCCUCCUCCUCCUCCUCCUCCUCAUCAUCAUACAUAAUACAAACAGGUGUUUUCUAAAAUCAAGCAAGCGUUAAAGAUGCAAGACAUAUUAGCAGUUGUCGAUGCGUAUUCAAGCAAACUUUGGACGUGUUGGACGUGUUCGACGUGUGGCUUGUAACUUGUGCUUGCUUUGAUUCGUUUACCGGAAUCCAUGAAACGUACCAUAUGUGAGUUCCCGAUUCACCCUACUUAAGCUCGGGACCGAAAUAAAAAAUCAAGCUACGUUGGUGGCGCGGUUGGUGCGGUUGGUUCUGGAUCAUUGACCUCAUCGAUAGGUUUAUGUUGUCCCCAUAAGUUAUCACAUAUAGCUGGAGACUCCCUCGGGCCAGCUUUGUCCGGCCGGCGUCACUUGUGUCCGGUUGUAAUAUGAGCUGAGAUCGCGGAUUGUAUUUACAACUAGAAAGCGCACACGGCAGAUGCGUAUCAAUAAAAUCUUAAUCACCACUAAACAAAGAUAUCCGGACCAGCCGUAACUUUAUUAAUACCCGUUUCCACAGGCCGUUUGCACUUCCACGGACAACUUACCUCUUAGCCAACUUCAGCCAGUCUUCUAUCAUUAAUACCCUUAUCUCAUAGUUCCCCUUAGCUCCUCAUCGUUCGGGUAAUAGCAGCCGCCAUGUCUACCGCCCCAUGCACUAUCCUCGUCGUUGGCGCGACAGGCCAACAAGGGGGUUCAGUGCUCGCCGAGCUUUCUCAGCAGCUCUCGACCAAACCCGAGGCCAAGUUCAAGGUCCUCGCGCUAACUCGGACAGCUUCCUCGCCCAAAGCACAGGCCCUGCCGUCCAAGUACCCUUCCCUAGACCUAAGCGUCGUAGAGGGCGAUGCUCAGCAUCCAGAGCCCAUAUUCAAGGCGCACCCGGACAUCGAUACCGUGUUCAGCUACACGACGCCACCGGACGAGGAACCACAGGCUACACAUCUCAUCGAUGCAGCGUGUGCGCACGCCACGCCUGAGAAACCGACGCAUUUCGUCUUUUCGAGCGUAGAUCGUGGCGGCGAACCAAAGUCGUGGGACACUCCUACUGAUGUCCCGCAUUUUGCGCAGAAACACAAUGUUGAGCUGCAUCUGCGCACUGUCGCCGAGGGCUCGGACGGUAGAUUGACUUACACGAUACUAAGGCCUGUCGCUUUCAUGGAUAAUUUGAACCCAGGCGGUACAUUCGGCAUGGUAUUCGCCAGCCUCUGGAGCACCAUGUCCGCGUCGCGCAAGCUGCAACUCGUCAGCGUGCGAGACAUCGGGGUCUUCGCCUGCAAAGCCCUUCUCCACCGCGCCGACCCAAGUUUCCGCAACCGCGCCAUCGGGCUCGCAGGCGACGAGUUGACGCUCGAGGAGGCGCGCGCCAUAUACACGCGGGUAGCCAGGGGUGCGUCGCUCCCGCAGGCGUGGACUGUGGUCGGGUGGGCGGUGCGCGGGCUGGUGGCGCGCAAUGUGGGGUCUAUGUUUCGCUGGUUCGAGACGGAUGGGUAUGGCGUUGAUAUAGACGCGCUGAGGGCCGAGGAACCGAGGGUGCAGAAUUUGGAGGCGUGGUUGAGGGAGAGUAGUAAGUUUGAGUUUGCAAGCGGGAUGGAUGAGCUGUAGUUGAGUUGUGAGGAGAGUGGUGUGUCUGCUCUAUCGAGGAUGGCUAGGUAGGUAGGGAAUGUGGAAGAUUGCCUUGCCUGGUGCAGAGGUCGACGUCGGUAUGGAUUAAUAAUAGAUUUCAUUGUGUUUUUGCUAAUGAGUAUCGCGUGCAUGCUAUACCUACCUAAUCAAAUAUAAAAU